UCGCAAUGCAGCUUCGUACAUCUUGGUGGAAAGACAGUAGGUAUCAGUAGGUAUGUUUACAUGACUUCACAAAGUGAUAACUUGCACGUUUUAUAAGUAUUGUUAUUAAUUUUAUAAGUGUUCAAAAAAUUGUUUUCAUAACACGAUAAGAAUCGAAUGCCAAGGAAUCAGUCAGAGCCAGUUCGUUCUAGACGGCUAAACGUGAUACUGUAUGCUCAAAUACCUAUUGGAAUAUAGAUUUUGCAAAAAAUAUUUCACGUUAUGACCAAUAUGGUUUAUUUGGUACCUAUAUUCAUAGUAUUGUGUGCUUUUGCCUGGAUAUACCUGCGCUGGUUGAAAGUCAGGAACUAUUGGGCGGAGCGUGGGGUGCCGCACUUACCACCAAAUCCAAUAUUGGGCAGUUUGACUUUCCUGCAGCAGAAAAAUGCGGGUGUUUGGAUGCGUCACAUGUAUGAAACCUUCAAGACGCCCUACAUCGGCAUCUGGUUGUUCUGGAGACCGGCCCUCAUCAUCAACACGCCGGAGUUGGCGCGCCAGGUGCUGACGAAGGAUUCCGCGAACUUCAGAGACCGAUUCGUAUCGGGGGGUGACUCUGAUCCUAUCGGCAAGCUCAAUUUAUUCACUGUUAAAGAUCCCGACUGGACAAAUAUUCGUCGUCGAUUGACCGCCACAUUCACUGCAUCCAAGCUGAGAAUUUUACAAGACUACAUUCGAUCUAAGUCUAAGGAACUGGCGCAGAGACUUAAAAGAGAACGAGAGAGCAGAAUACAUUUAAAGAAAUUAUACUCAGACUAUACAACAGACGUUAUUGGCGCAUCGGCUUUUGGUGUAACCUGCGAUGCCACGUUGACUGGCAAGAGUCACCUGAAGACCGUCGCUGAAGAGUUCAGCCACUACAGUAUCUUGCGAGGAAUCGGAUGGAGUAGUUUGUUUUUCUUUCCGGAAUUGGUUGACGUUUUUCGAUUCAAGAUGUUCCCAAAAACAUCAACAGACUACUUUAAAAGGGUGUUUAAAGCUGCAGUAGCGCAGCGUGAAGCUAACCAUGGCGAAACAGGAGAGCCCAAAGAUCUGCUUGAUGCUUUGCUGAAGAUAAAGAAGGAGAGUGAAGAACGUAACGAAGGUUACUCAGAAGAUUUUAUAGUAGCUCAGGCAGCAAUUUUCUUAUCCGGUGGCUAUGAUACUUCAGCCUCUUUAUUGGCAUUCCUAACAUAUGAAUUGGCCUAUCAUCCUGAAGUACAGGAAAAACUGUACGAACACCUUCUUGAAGCCAAAAACCAAAAUGGUAGCGAUGAUUUUACUUCAGAACAAUUAGCAGAUAUGACUUACCUCAACGGCGUCAUCAAAGAGGGUCUCCGGAAAUAUUCUCCAAUGAGUUGGCUGGACAGGGUCGCAGCAGAAGACUAUAGAAUUGAUGAUAAUCUGACCAUCAAGGCUGGUACUCCGGUCUACGUCAACGGCAUCGGCAUGCAUUACGAUCCCGAUUACUUUCCCGACCCGGACAAGUUCGACCCUAACAGAUUCUUACCAGAAAACGAGAAAAACAUCAAAUCUUAUACUUACAUGCCUUUUGGUGAAGGUCCUAGAAUUUGCAUAGGUCUGAGAUUUGGCAUGAUGACUGUCCGCUUUGCAAUGGUGUCCGUGUUUUUAAAUUACAAGGUCGUGCCAUUCCCUGGCAUGCCGAUACCAAUAGACAUGACUAUUGACAAGCGAGGAAUAUUCUAUAGUCCUGGAGAAGCCAUUUGUGUGGAAUUCAUACCUAGAGCUUAAUAUCUGUUGUACGCUGGAACAACCACAUGCGACAAUGAGGCAUGCUAAAAACUGAGACACUAAUUGUGCGGCAUGCUAUAGAAUCGGAAUAUAAUAUAGUAUAACUGUCCGUCGACGAUUCCUGCUAUAUUUUAUUAUUGCAGUUAUGCAGUCCUGUGGUAUGCCUUUAUGUCGCUCUGUGAU